UGGUUUCAUCGUGCUGCCCUAGUCUCUCUCACAUUAUUUUCAAAUUGAAGCCGAUAAUAAUUUAGGGUUUUGUGAAUAUGACUUGUGGUGAUAGUUAUUCUCUGUUUCCUUGUGAUUUCUAGCCUUGGGAACGUAGAAGGAGAGGGUAGUUGUUGUGGAUUCAGUGUCUCAAGUGAAAAGCUAAUGUUAUUUGUGUCUUCUGUGUUAAGGGUUUCGUGAUUUGGAGUUUUUUCCUCAACUGUGUAUGUAAUGUGCCUAGAAAAGCCAUUAGUUUUUGGGCCUGUAAUCUUAAACGGUUAAAUAGGAGAUAGAAAACGACACUGUGGUAUAUAGGCCGACUGGGCGCAUUUAGUAGGGCGCCAUAAAACCAUUUACAUGGAGCAGAAAUGUGUACACAAGAAAGAGAGACUACUACUGUGUUUGGAAUGUCUAAAAAAACCCCGGCCUUUUUGCUUUUUUGUUGGAAAAACAAGCUAAAAAAUUAUAGUUCUCAGUGCAGUUGUUUGGAGUUUUUUCGUCUAGCUUUUUAAACGUCUGGUGUUCUGAGAAAGAAACGGCGGGCCAAAAGCUGGCUUUUAGAAAGUUUUUGGGAUAUUUUCAUGGCUUUUUGGCUAAAACAGGCAAAGAUGUGAGGCUUUUAAUGCUGAUAAUGCCAAAAGGCUUACUUUUUAAGCCAUCUUAAGUACAACCUAAGCUGCUAGGCAUGCGAAUAGCAUCUCCUGAAGUAAUGCUCGGAUGACUGUUGGGCACUACUUUCUUUGAAAGCAUUUGAAAAUUUUAAACCACCUGUAAGGCAUGUCCGCCCUUAACGCAAUCCAUUGCUGAGAGGGUCCAGAAUUGUGUUUGCCCCCUCGCCUACUUGCUACUGUAGCGUUGGUGUGCUCUGACUUCCCAAGGCAGUUGCUUUUAGUAGCAAAAAUGGAUCUUUAUGCAACCAAUCCUGGACCAAUUGAUGAUUCGGUGCUGUAUGAUCAAGAUAAGCAUGUUUCAUCUGCAGUCUGGGAGGGGCAGGAGCGCGGUGCACUAAGAUGCCAUGAACACACCUCAAAGCUAGAUCAGUGGACCCUCACUUCCAAACAAGUUGAGUUGGUGAAAAAGGCCGGGUUUGGCUACUUGAGGUUAAUACCAGCAAUUAGUCUGGAUAACCCUCUCAUAUCUGCGCUUGUUGAGAGGUGGAGAAGGGAAACUAAUACUUUCCAUUUCACUGUUGGGGAAAUGGCAGUAACACUUGAAGAUGUCGCAUACUUGAUUGGACUACCAAUCGACGGUGAACCUGUGAUAGGUGUAACAUAUACCACCUGUGAAGCGGUAUGCCUGAAGUUUUUAGGGAAAGCACCGGACUCUGGGUACACGAGUGGUGGGAUGGUGAAGCUCAGUUGGUUGAAAGAGACCUUUUUGCGUUGUCCUGAGGAUGCAUCAACUGAAGAUAUUGAGCGCCACACACGUGCAUACCUUCUUUAUCUUAUUGGUAGCACAAUAUUUUCCACUACCACAGGGAACAAAGUCCCAGUAAUGUACCUCCCAUUGUUUGAGAAUUUUGACCAAGCUGGGAAGUAUGCCUGGGGUGCAGCUGCACUGUCAUUCUUGUAUAGAGCACUUGGCAAUGCCUCUCUUAAAGCUCAGAGCACCAUUAGCGGUUGUCUAACUUUGCUACAGUGUUGGAGUUACUAUCACCUGAAUGUUGGUCGACCAAAGCUUAAUCAUGAUCCUAUGCAUGAAUGUUUUCCGUUUGUACUUAGAUGGAAAGGUAAACAGUCUGGUCCAACAUCAAACCGCGAUGUCGCCUUUUACCGUAAAGCAUUGGACACCUUAAAGCCAUCUGAUGUUGAAUGGUGUCCUUACACAGAUAUUAAUCAGAAUGUUAUACCAGAAGAAAUUAAACGGAAUCUAAACCUUGGGAGGUCAAAGACUAUGUUGAUUUGUUUUGACAAAGCAGAAAGACACCUCCCUGAUCGUUGCCUUAGGCAAUACGGAAUGCACCAACCGAUACCGGAAGACGUGCUCCGUUGGGAGAGGAAGAGCCGUGGAGUUGAUGGGGGGAUAGACUUGUCAGGAAAAAUGGAAUCAGAGCUUAGUGAAUGGUCCGAUCGCCGCCUUCAUAUUGUGGAGGGUGAUGAAGAUGUUGAUGAUAGUGAAUACAUGCAGUGGUACUUGGGAAUUACUAGGAAGUUGGUGGGAAGGCCUAUACCUAUCUCGUCUGAGUUUCAAAGAAUGAAUGCCGCAUUGAGGGACAUUGCUCAUUUAGCAGAUACGCUUCCUACGCAUGGGAUGGAUGAGCAACAGAUAUAUUCAGUCACAAGGAUCAGGUAUAUUGUGCAUGAAUGUCUGAGGGACCAGGUUGGAAGUUCCACAAUAAUGGUCAACUCAGAAAAUGAACUUGUGAAAAGGGUAAGGGGAAAGCAAAGGGUAAGAAGGAAAGGUGCGGGAAAACGUAAGCGGAAGGAUGAUUCAGAGCAAUGUAAUGUGGCUGAAGAGGAUGCUCAGUCCCAGUUAUGUGUCACAGCCGUUGUACUUGAUGCUGUUGCAGUUGACCAAUCGGGGCUUUGUAAUGUGGGUGAUGAAGUUGAGAAUUCACAGCUACGCAUUCCAGCCACCGAUGGUGAUGAUGAACGACUAUGUGAUGAUCCUGCUAGCGUGGUCGAUGACUCUCAGCUUUGUCAAAUGGCCAGUGAGGUUGAUGACUCUCACUUUCGGCAUUCAGCUGAUGAAGUUGAUCCCAUCAAAAAGUGUAAUUCACAACCGUCUCAUGCAGCUAUUGAGUUGGUUCCACAGCCUUCUCUUGAAACUAGCAAUGGAGUUGCUCAGCAGAGUGAUUGCAGUGUUCUAGUUUAGAGUAUGGAGACAAUCAUUCAAUUUUGUAGAUGUUAUUCUUUCAGGCUGUCUCGGCUGUGGCGCAUAUUCCUAGCCAAGUGUAGUGCAGCCAAGUGUAGUGCAGAUUAGGAGGAGUGAUUAGAGACCAAAGCUCCAUUGCCCCGUGCCCUGAGGGCUUUGAAUUAUUAGCCAGCUGAUUUUGAGCAAGUUAGUGAGCUUUGUUCAAUUGUCCUUAUAACUGUUUGCCAUAUAUUAACCCAUUUCAAGUGUCUCUGUAUUUCUUUAUGGUUUGUCUUACUACUUCACAUAGAUGCUUUUGAAAUCAUAUAUGCAUGUGGCUUCACUAAA